CCGUGAACUAAUCAAGCAAAUAAGAAAAAUAAUUAAAACCAAUCAUAAAAUGUCAUGAUUAUUUACUAUACGUAAAACUGGGCAACAACGGAAUAACUGUACAGGCAGGAUUUGUAACUAAUUUUCCGAAAUGGCAAAAAUCCACCUUUUACAAAGUUAUGCCACGGUCUAAUGAUCGAUGAAGUUAAAAAUGUGGGGUGAAAUAUAAAAAAUAUACACAUAUUAGUAGCCAAAACAAUUGUUCGCAUACCUUAAUCUGUGGCGGCAAUGAUUAUUUGUUUAAUUCCAAGUAGUUUGCAUAAAAUCGAAGGUACAUUUAUUUGAUACAAUCAUCAUAUACUAAUCUUGCACUUUGACAAUGACUUUUCACACAAAAAAUUGCUCAAAAUAUAUCAUUUGAUAGCUCUUUUCUUGUACUUUGUUUACAUCUGGCAAUCCUUUUAGUCAGCGGUAACUCCCCGUUUAGGAAACUUUGUUUAUAUACCACUGAUAUUGCUCCGUGCACUGAGCCGAACACAUUUGUCAAAAAGUAGAAUAUGCGAUUAUUGCGAGUAUUGCUAUUUAUUUACUUGUUCUACUGUAUUUUGCUGUACUAUAUAUAAAAAGACAAUGUCAGACAACCUUACUUGGCAGGAGCAACUAAAACUUAAAUAUGAAAUACAGCUUAGUGAGGAUUAUUCUUGCUUACGCUACGUUGGAUAUCAAAGGUCAGGGAAAUGUGUUGUUCUAAAAAUUUCGAUAAAAGUUUUGUUAAAAUGGCGGGAAUUAAAAAUCAAAUUUCCAGACAUCUCCUACCAAGAGUUACUGGCUCUGAGUGCGUCCAAAUUACCGAUUAAAAUCAAACCUGGUGUGAGCAGAAUUGACGAAAGUAUAAGGGUUAUGGCAUGUCAAGCAUACACCAAAAGUAGAGGACUAAGAGGCCUGACCAGGAAAAACUUUCUUGAGAAGACAAAAUCAUUUCAUGUUUUUUUUGAUGAGUUACUGAAUGUCAGCAGUCUUCAGAAAGACUUUGAAAAGUUGGAAGAAGAAAACAACAAUCUUCGACAACAACUCCAGGAUGUCGACAGCAGAUGUGAUGAACUUUUGCAAGAUCUUUUAAAGGAGAAAGACAAGACAAAAACUGUUGAAAUGGAGAGAGAUCAUGCCUUACUGGAGAACCAAGAGCUAAAAGAAUACCUGGACUUUAUUGAAGAAACAACUGUGUGUAGUAGCUGUAGUUCAAAUCUGGAGAACACAGGGAAACCAGUUGGCAAAGUUGGGGAACGACAAAAGAGAAGAAAAGUAAAGGAGCUGAAGUCGAGAAGUGAGCAAGCACUUUGGUUCAUGGAAUCGUUUGGGUUUAAAUUGGACUCUAUCAAGAUUGAAGAUCUGGAUGGCAAAGUAACAGAAAUGAACUAUUGUGAGAAUGGUUGCAGUAGUAAGACUAAUUUUCAACAGUUACCAGAGAAUGAUAAGACAACUAUUAGAGCUCUACUAUAUAUUAUGGAUAAGUGUUGUGUGGGCGAUACAGCUUAUCAUGAAAUGUCAAUGCUGGUUGAUGGUCUCCCAAGGAGCUAUUUAAUUAAGCAGUGUAGAAACACACUAAAUUCAAUCAGUCAUAUCACUCGCACACCAGGAAAACACCCAGGGGCUCAGAUGAGUUUUAAAGAAGAACUAAGGGAACAAAUUAGAAAGAAGAUACAGCUUGGAGAUGUUGGAAAGCAAAAGAUCAGGAUUGCAGGUGAUGGUGCAAAAAUGUCCCGCAUAGCUAAUUUUAUUGUGCUGUCAUUUGCUCUCCUUUCUGAUGAAGAAAAAGUAAUGUCUUGGAAAGGCAACCAUACUGUGGGAAUAGUUUCCGGAAGUGAGGAUUACGACGUACUAAAAGUUUCUUGCAGAGAAAUCUUUGCUGAAAUCAAUGAUCUGGUUGAGCAUGGUGAAAUUGAGGUGGAUGGCCAUCAAAUACCUCUGGAAUUUUAUCUGUCUGGUGAUUAUAAGGGUUCAGUAACAUGCUUUCACCCUAACUUCAAAAUCAAUAAUAGACCUUGUGCAUAA